ACUUAAUUGUGUAUUUAUUGGGCGUUUUCUUUCCACUAGUCUGAAAGAAGACAUGUUGAGGAAGCAAAUGAUCCCAAGUUAGCUUAUCAUCUUUUAUUUUGAAACUCGUAUCACUCAACAUCCGGCCUCGUCCUCGUUUAACGGCCCUGGCUUCCCCAUCUAAUGAUCCGUGGCUCGGGAUCCAUUGAGCAGCCUGGCCCGGGCCAACACGAAGCGAAAACGGGGAUCCGGGUCUGCCUUCCUUCCCUGUCAGACACCUUGAAACGAUCAUUGUCGUCUCCCAGACCUCCAAAUCAGCAUUAACAGUUCGUUAAACGUGUAUCGAUGUAUCUGCUAGCUGCGGCCAUUGAUUGAAUGAGACGUUCGAGGACCGACAGACAAUCGGGCGCCAGGCUGGUCGUGAAGUGAGGGGUGACUGCAGCCUUGCGUCAAAGCCAGCUAGCUAAACCGUGUUGGUAGGACAAGUCAGCAGUAAAGACCGGUAGCCGCCACGUUAACUUACCUCGGUGGCUAGCCAGACGGUAGCAGGCGGGUUAUUUUCGGCACCGUAACGUUACACAUGCUUCGUUUUAGUCGCGUUGUGUAGCCGAACAUCUGUGCAAAAGGCUGUCAGCUGUUUCAUAAGACAUAACGUUACAGCUAAUCUUGACUCUGUGUUUUCUGGGGGAUUAGUAUCUAACCCGAAACCACUUUAACCCACACGUUUUCAAGCAUAGGUUAAAUACUGGGACAUUUCUUGUAAUUGUGUAAGAUCUUGUUGAUUUUGAAGAGGGGCCUCAUAGCUGGCAUAUAUGAGGCCCAGUUGAAAAGAUGGACCUGAAUUUUUAUUCGGAUUUAACGGACGGCACCGGGCAGCACGACGGUGAUCCGGAGUUCUUGGAUCCGCAGUCUUUCAAUGGCUUUGACACUGACAACAAGUUCCCUGGAGGCAGUGACAACUACCUGACUAUUCCUGGGUCUGGUCACCCCUUCCUCUCUUCAGAGUGUGCCACUAAACCCAUUGACCUCUUCAACCUCGCUGGAUCUGCUGGUGGAACGUUCCACACUCCCAGCCUCGGCGAUGAGGAGUUCGAGAUACCUCCCAUCUCUUUGGACCCAGACUCGGCCCUCACAGUGUCCGAUGUGGUGUCCCAUUUCGGGGAGCUGUCGGACACCGGCCCCUCCGACAGCGUGGUUGUGCCCGGCAACGCUGUGGUGGAAGGGGACGACCCCUCGUUCGCCUCGACUUUCGUCAACGCCCCCUCGCAGGGAUUGGAGCACCUGAGUCUGGGAGUCAUCAACCAGUCAGGAGGAAGUGCUUUGCUGGGGUCGUCACUGGGAAUGGAUCUCGGACAUCCCAUCGGCUCUCAGUUCAGCAGCUCGUCCCCAGUGACCAUCGAUGUCCCGCUGGGUGACAUGAGCCAGGGCUUGCUGGGGUCCAACCAGCUGACCACUAUCGACCAGUCAGAGCUCAGCGCUCAACUGGGGCUCGGCUUGGGAGGAGGAAGCAUACUGCAACACGCCCAGUCGCCUGAACACCCUCUGUCAGCCACGGCGUCGCCCACCAGCUCGCUCCAGGAUGACGACAUGGACGACUUUAGACGGAGCGUCCUGGUUGAAUCUCCCGUCUCGCUCGCCGUCUCUCCCGGAGUCAUCUCCCUCGGUCCCUCUCUGUCCGACUCCCCGCUCUCUGCCCCCGCCUCCAGCCUCUCUUUAGCUGUUGGAAGGAAAGGGGGCGCGGGAGGAGGGAAGAAGGGGAAGAAGAAGAAAGACCCCAACGAGCCCCAGAAACCUGUGUCCGCCUACGCUUUGUUCUUCAGGGACACACAGGCAGCUAUUAAGGGCCAAAAUCCCAACGCCACGUUUGGAGAAGUUUCCAAGAUCGUGGCCUCCAUGUGGGACAGCCUGGGGGAAGAGCAGAAACAGGUUUACAAGAGGAAAAACGAAGCAGCGAAAAAAGACUACUUGAAGGCGCUGGCCGAGUACAGAGCCGGCCAGCUUUCUCAGGCUCCUAUUGAAGUCAUGGACACGGCCCCAUCACCACCAUCUCCAGCCCCGCCCCCCGCUGUUACAGCCACACCUGCCGCCACCCUAGCCGCUCGCGCCACCAGGUCACAGCAUUACAACCCCGAGGAGAACACCAUCACCAACAUCUGCACCUCCAACAUCAUCGUGGACCUGCCUCAGGUCACCACACGCUCCCGCACCGGCGCCAUUAAACCCCAACCUCCGCCCGUCACCGCCCCGCCGAACCCCCCCACUGUCACCAAGAUCAUCAUCAAGCAGACGCAGCUGCCCUCUGGCGCCGUGUCCGUCACGGCGACGCCGGCCUCCUCGCCGCGCCAGCCGCCGCCGCUGCAGCAGAUGCAGAGCACCCCUCCUCCGCCUCGGCUGCAGCAGAUGGUGCACGCCCAGGCCCCUCCACCUCUGCAGGCCAAACCACGAGGUGCUGCCACAGCUCCGCCUCCGCUGCAGAUCAAGGUCGUCCCAUCGUCGCGGCAAUCGGACUCAAGCACGCCCAUCAUUGUGACGUCAGCCGGUGAAACGUGCAUGUCGAUGUCCGCCGGUCUGGCGGUGGAGAUGGAACAGUCGGGUGAUGUAGUGACGGGAGGAGAGGAAGUGGCAGAGGAAGGGAUGGAGGUUGAGGUGAACGUUGCCCCCAUCCCGAGUGUGACUCCCACUGCCAGCCGAAACAUUUGUGUGCGCGCCGGCUGCAGCAACCCCGCUGUGGAGAGCAAAGACUGGGACAAGGAGUACUGCAGCAACGAGUGCGUCGCCACACACUGCAGAGACGUGUUCAUGGCCUGGUGUUCGAUCCGAGGGCAGAACUCCACCACCGUCACAUAGGGGAGGGACGCAUCCUGACGAAGGAGCGCUGCACUGAGAGAACAAGGGACAAAGGACAACACAUGAAAUGCAAAUGAAAAGAGAAAUGAAUGAAUGAUGAGGCUCGGGUAUUGGUACAAAAUGGUUUAUCAUGUCAUCUUGGUGACAGGAAGAGGAAGACAAGACGAGUCACGGAAAAGUAUUUAAAAAUUACUGCAGGAUACUUUUCUGUGAUCGACCCCCCCACCCCACCCCCCCUCCAGCAGAGGAACACAGAUGAAUAAUAAUACAGAAGAAAACACAGACUGAAGAUCCCCCCCCGACUUUCCUUAUUGAUCAUCUAUUGUGAAUUUGACAUAUGGACUUGAUUGAUAAAAAAAGAAAUAGAACAUUUUAUGGUGUUUUUAAUUGUUUUGAAAAGAAAAAAGUGCAGGAAGAAGAUCAUGAUGAUGAAUUCAGUUCAUUUUUUAUUCAUUUCGUAAAUUCCACCUCAUCUGUGUAAAUGCUUUUCCCUUUACUGUUACAUUGAGGAUUUGGUUAGAAAUCUGAGCUUUUUUGUUUAAUUGUUCCUCAGUAAUGUGCGGGUGCUUUGGCGUUGAGGGGGUCGGUGACCACUUCAGAGAUUUAAUGUACAAACGAGCAACAAGUGGGCAAAGCACAAACAGUCUUAAAGGUCGUUUGGAGUCGAACAGGAGGGUCAAAUGUUUGUAAGAAGCCAUUUUGAGACUACCUGGAAAUGAAUCUGCCGCAGGCCAAAUGGCGUUUGUCAUCUUUUGGAAAAGGAUUUUAAAUUAAAACUUAAAACAGGUGCUAAAAUUCAGGAAAGAAAACGGCUCUAGCGUUCUCUGUUCUCCUCUCCUGCUGAAAUACCACGCGACAUAAGAGCUUUUUAAAUGUGUGGUGCAUAUUUUCUUUUAUGAGGAAUAUUUGUAGUGAAAAUUGGUGUUUGAGAAUAAAAAAAAAAAAUAUAUAUAUAUAUAUAUAGGAAUGACAUAAAAGCACCAGCUCUGGAAAAACACUACAGUAAGAGUAAAGGGAAGACAGUAUAAAAGCUUUACUUUCUAACAUAACAACAGUUUACUUUCACAAAUUGCUUUCAGGUCUGUUGAGUAAUCAAGUGAAGGGGUGUUUGCUUCCAAAAAGAAAACCUGUUCCCAGUUAGAUGAAAUGAAGCAGCAGGUCAGUCUGGUUUAUUGUAGAUAUCCUGAAAAUGUUUUUAACGGUGAAAUAAAAUAUUUUAAUAUACA